UGCAGUUUGAUGUUCCUUGUCACUCGUUUCAAUUUUUCUCGGUGUGCAUCUUUGGAAAUUCCUUCGUUUAGAAAUUUUUCUCAUAUUAUUAUUCACCAAAAAGAAGGAUCAAAAUCAAUAUUUACUGUAGUUGAAAUUGUUAAAAUUAUCGAUCUGAAAGCAGCAGGACCGGCAGAAACAGUUGACUGGAGAUAGCAAAAUGUCUAGCAAAGGCCUGGAUCUCGUCGACAGCUGGGAAGAAAUCGACGAAGAUCGAUUGGCUUCAAGAUUAAGCAAACUUGCUAAUGAAGACUCGGUGAAACCUGGCGAAACAUCCACGAUCGGUGAAAUCGACAGCACUGGACGAACUGACAGUAGCAGUUUAUCCGUUAUGCUGGAGGAAGAACUCCGUCCACGAAUGAUUCUGCAGAGACCACAGAUGCAAAUUCUUCGACGGCCUCAAUCGACUGUGCUGGAGGAAAAGACGACCGCUGAGAGUAAACCCAAGGCUCAAAUUAAAUCAUUCGAUCAGCGAAAACAGGAGUACGCAGAAGCUCGUUUGCGAAUAUUAGGUUCAGCCCAUGACGAGGAGGAACAGCAGCAGAAUCAACCGGUGGAACAGCCAAGGAAAAGCGCCCCAAUCCCGAAUGGCUUUCGAAUAAGUAACAAUCCUAACAAUAACAAUAUGAGCGGACAAAUUCGGCCCCAAAGUUCAUUCCGACCUCCUCCGGGGAACUAUCACAUUCAGCAGCAUCCUGGUCCCUACUAUCAACCACAUUCUUCCGGCGGUGGACGGAAUCAACUUCCACCGGAGCCGGGCAAUCAUCACUACUAUCACCACCAACACGCACCCCAUCCUGGUCCAGGAGCGUACACCUUUCAGCAGCAGCAGCAGCAGCAACUCCACCAGCAAGCUCAACAUCAUCAGAAGCAGCAGCUGAUGUCUUUCGGAAUGCCUCCACAAUCGUCAUCGAUCAGUAACUACCAUCACGGUGUACCUGUAUCAGCAUAUGGCGGCGCACUCAGUAGUAAUAACAAUGUUCUGAGAAUGCCAGCCGGACCUGACGGUUCCCACGGGUUUACGAUGCGACGGUAGCUAGUUUAUUAAACGCGAUGCUAAUAAAUAGGUUCUAAUGGAUGAUUUCGCUUCAAGAA